AUGCUCACAUCCGCUCGGCGCUGGCUGCGCAACAACCGGACUCCCAUUGCUGUUGGCGUGGGCGUCAUCGGUGCUGGAUAUGUCGCGACUCAAUAUGUUAUUGGGAAGCUUAACGAUGCUCGCGAGCGCAUGAGCAGUGAUCGUAUCGCCAAGGAGAACUUACGACGCCGUUUCGAACAGAAUCAAGAGGACUGCACAUUCACUGUCCUGGCUCUUCUACCAUCCGCGACGACCGCCAUUCUCGAGGCCAUGAACACGGAACAGAUCACAUUCGAGAUCCAGCAGAUGAAAGCCACAAAGGCUGUAAAGAAUGGCGGUAACGAGUCCGCCGCGCCACCCAGCAUCGCCGACACUACAUUGACAGAGGAGGACGGAAAGAGCGCAAGCCAGAGCGAGAGCGGUGUGCACCCCAGUCAGAUCCCCACGUCUUCACCAUUCAAUGCCGGUGGUGAGGCGAAUAAGGAGGUCCCAAAGCUACGUAAGACGAAGCGACAACUAUGGGAUGACGUGACCAUUAGUGGCGGCCAACACGGCACCAUCAGUCUUGAGAAUAACGAUGAUGACAACACAGAACAGGCAUAUGGCAGUGACUUCGACAUAAACCGCAAGUACCUGACCUUUAGUUGGUGGUUGCUCAACAAGGGAUGGAAGGACCUCAUGCACCGAGUUGAAAGCGCUGUGCGCACCGUCUUUGGUAGCCUCAGCCCAAGAGACCUCCUGAGCUUCGAGAGGUUCUCCGAGCUGACAAUGGAGGUGAGGAAGCUUGUUGAGGGUUCCACGAACGAGGAGCGCCAGAAGUCUGACUGGCUCAACUUCCUGCUCCCACCCAGGGACAUGGAGGACGAGGUUAUCAGAGAAUCGGGCAUCCUUGAUGAAACAUCCAACCGGGAUGCCGAACACUCGCCAGCUGCGUCGCAGGCAAUCCUGAGACGUCUUCUUGACGAGACGGCCGAUCUCAUCGAGUCACCCAGCUUCACACAUGUUCUCACACUGCUUCUUGAUGCAGGCUUUUCAUACCUGAUUGAUAACAAGCUUGCCACAGCGGCAUUUGAGCUACCAGCCUCAGAUGGUAUUGUCACUCCUGAGCUCAAGGAUCAACAGCGCUCCAAGGUGAUCCUGCUGCCCAAAAUCCUAUCGGUCUUGACACGUCAAGCUCACGUUAUUGGCGACGGAAUGCCAAAUGAAUAUCUCCAGAAGAUGGAAACCGUCCGCGAUCUCGAGGCCUUUGCUGCUGUCGUGUACUCAAGCAACUGGGAACAAGAGAUCCGCACUGAUGAUGAUCUCAUGGCCAGCGCUGUUGACCUUGGUGCUCCGCAAACCAGUGGCAUAGUGACGCAGACCCAAGCUCAAACGCAGACACAGGGUGAAUCAAGCAUGGUCGUGGUAGAUCCGCAAGGAGGCUUUGAGAGCGCUUGGGGACGAGCAAUGGAUAGCAAAUAG